AUGCAGAGCACUCUUCCCGCUUCGUGGUACCGCGAGCCUGGCUUCUACCAGUUGGAGAGGCGGGCCAUCUUCAGCAAAUCAUGGAUCUUGAUCUCGCACUCUUGCCAGUUCAACGAGCCAGGAAAGUACGCCCGUUAUGAGAUGGCCGGCUACCCUUUCUUCGUUAUCAGAGACCGUGCCGGGAGCAUCAACGCGUUCCUCAAUGCUGACCUGACAGGAUGGUCAUACAGUAUGAAUGGAAACUUGGCCAAGGCCCCACGAUUUGACCAGGUGGAAGGAUUCAAGAAGGAAGACUAUAAACUUUAUAAAGUUCACACUCACAUUGACGACCUUGGGUUUCUCUGGGUCAAUCUCGACGCUGCUGAGAAACCAACUUUCAGUUGGGAGGAGCAGUUCGGUGGUGUGGACAAGCAGCCGCGAUUGAAGAACUUUGACAUGAGCAACUACGAGUAUGACCACACUUGGUCGAUGGAAGGCAAAUUCAAUUGGAAGACUCUGAUUGAGAAUUACAACGAGUGCUACCAUUGCCCUACCGCACAUCCCGGUCUGGCGCCUUUCUUUCAGGGAAACAGACAAAUGGUGAACGGAUGCCAUAAGCACUGGGUUGAGCAUCUCGGUGGGAAGGGCGAAGAGCGGUCGAGCUCAGUCAGCCCCACCUACAUGUUUCCCAACGCCUCAGUCACAUUGACCCCCAUCUUCUUCUACAUGAUGUCCAUCGUCCCAACAUCUGCAACCACGAGCCUGAUGCGAUAUGAAGUCUAUCGAUCCAAGACGGCGACCCCAGAGCAGCUGAAGGAAAAGCUGGACUUCUUCGCGCAGGUUGAGGGCGAGGAUAAGUGGCUUGCGAACGGAGCCCAGGGCAACCUAAAUAGCGACACGUACACCACGGGGCCGUUCCACCCGGAUGUCGAGGAAGGAGUCACCUAUGUAGUGGGUCUUGUGAAGAAAAUCCUGCGUGACCAUGUGGAUGAGGAGAAGAAGCGCGGCGCUGAGUGGUGGCCUGCUCGCAGAGCUCUGGUUCAAUCGGCUUCUGAGGAGGAUGAGGUAUUUUGCCGUGGUGUGUGCGGAAACUCUGUUCUGAAUGGGGACAGCGCCCCAGAAGGAUUAUCGUGGUGA